GGUUCAGUCGGAUGUACGUGGACAUUGAAGCUCUGUUUAUGGCUUUUCUUCAAUAUGUAAGUGGUAAAAUCUAAGAUCAAUGUGGAUGCAGACAAAAGGUUUCAUCUCAGAAUCACUCAGUGAAGUUAUCCGAUUUGCGACAGUUGAACUUCAACUUCGAUAAGACAUUGACUCUUAGCGAAUCAGCCGACUUCAAAAGAAUACUGCACUGUUUGUCUUUGAGAAAUAUUUAAUAUUAUAUUGUAUUUUCCUGUGGACUGUCUUUUUCGUGUAAAAACCAUUACUCUUGAAACGGCUAACGUAACGAAUUGUCACGUCAUCGUCACUGAAAUACUAUUUUUAUCUUCCAAUCACAGGUCGGUGCAAUUCCUGUAUUUAGCUGCUAGUCGAUGAUCUCCCGUUUUGGUCGAAAUAGCAGUUUUUUUCAGCGUUAAUUAAGAUGAACCAAGGCAUUUGAAGUGUUAAAAGCAAGAGGUAAACUUAACGUUGUUCUUUUAAGUUGGGAAAGAAAAUGUUGGAGUACACUAUCAAUCAAAGAACUGCGACGAAAAACGUGUUGUGGCCGUUGUCCAUGUUGGACAAAGCUCACAGGUUAGUGUAUUGAUGGUUUUCACGGUGACGUCAUCAGAUUGCAAAGUCAAAAAAGCGAGGUUUUACGAAUUCUUAUUUACACUAGGUUGAAGAUUGAUAGGAAAUAAAUCUUUGUACAAGUUUCCAGCCCCGGAGCUUGUUUCAUUUCAAAAAUACAGCAAUUUGAACUUCCGAAUUUUCACAGUGCGUGACACCAAAAUAGGAAUGCUGUCUCCUUGAAAAAAGUCUCUCAACUUGAUUUUCAGCAGUUUAACCAUUUCAAGUAUUAGAAGAUAUUUCUAUACGCACGUAUGCUAGUUCUCGAGUGAAAAGGAGGAGCUUUUAUAGAAAAAGUGAACUCCAGAUGUUUUUGUUAAUUUCCGGCGGCCAUAUUGGUGGACGGUUUCUGUCCACCAAUAUGGCGUCUCCAUACAAAGCUCUACAAAGGUGCGUGAAAUGUUUCGGCAACUAACUCAGAAACUGAGGGCCACAAAGACCUGAGAUUUGGACAAAUUGUUUCUAUAUUAGUCUUUUAUAACAUUUCAUUUUCUUGGCUUCUUCCACUGGACGGUUUCAAAUGUAUUUUUUUGUGCCGUGUUUAUUGCGUGACGGUGAAAACGAAGAAUGGAAAUCUGAUCUAACCAAAGACACCUUGAUCACACCAAGACCACGCCAUUUUAUUGCCUCAAGGGAUCAUUCAUUCGUUGAACGAACUGUACCAAAAGGAAGCUCAAAAAGCAUGCAAAGCAGGGAACUGUUCGCAUGUUCAAGUGGACUUUCUCUCUACGAGGAACGGUAAAUCCGAGGAACACGUUACAGUAAGAAACAGUUAUAAAAAUGGAAAUGAUCCUUGCAGUUAAAUGGACAUUAUCUAAGUGUUGAACAAGUACCUGAGAAAAUUGAGGCUUGAUCGGGAAUCGAAUCCUGACCUAUGCGAUUGAUCGGAUGCAAUCGUUUAACCAUUAAACUUAUCAAGCCAACUGGAGAGCAGGCCAUUGAGGGCUAGCGUACCCAAUGGUGGAAAUAACAUGAAUGUAAAUAAUUGAGCUUACAUGAAAGAACAAUCUUUUUUUGGAAAUGUGGAUAUAGAUAUGAAAGUAGAAAUGAUCCUUGCAGUAAAAUAAAUUACCCAUGCGGUUGAAAAAGGACCGUACAGAAAAUUCAGAAUAGGAGGUACUUGUAUAUAUUUCGGUUUGAUUUUCAUAUAAGUUUUGCAGAGUCGCUUUGUCAUCAAAUAUUGAAAAUUAACUUUAUAUUGCUUCAUGCAUCUACAUAUACAUAAUUCAAUGUUGCCGCUAUUGAAGAAAAAGUUUUUUAUCUGAGUGGAAACAAGCAAGAUUUGUGUUUUGCUAGAGUGCCAAACUUUGUGGAAAGAGAGUAGUGGACUUGUUGUAGCCUUAUUAUCUAUGUUUUUCCCUUUCUUGCACUAAUUUGUUAAAACUCUGCAUUUUCUAUUUACCUAAAAAACUUUUGGUAUUGAUCCUGUAAAAAAUACUUUUCUAAUUGUCGUAAUAAUAAAUAGGUAGGAAUCUUGUAAAAAUAUUGUUUCUAGUUCUUAUUGCUGUCACUUGUAGAACAUGGCGACGAAUUCUUGGCUUUCCCGGCUUCUGGUUUUCUGGCUGGGAAAGCCAUGAAAUGCCGACCUAUUUUUUAGUGUGGCCGGAAAAGCCAGACUUCUACGUCCAGGCUUACCUCAAAACCCUGGGCUUGACCGGGCUUACCAGACUUUUCCAGGCCACGCUUUCCUGGCAAGCCUGCCCUUGGCCGGGCUUGCCAUGCUUUUGACCGCGCUCCUGAUGCAAAGGUGGGCCUUUGAAGCUCAAAAUUAUUUUCAAAUACAAAUUCUCUAGACUGAUCUCCAUAAAUUUUGUUAAAGAGUUAGUUGAGAGAAUUUGAUAAAUGAUCAAAGCAUUUCUCUUUAAGGUGAUCAUUAAUUUACUAAUUCUCAUAACCUUCUCUUGAUAAUGCAUUAAUUUUGUUGGUAAAAGAUUGUUGUUGGUCACUCUUAGUUUUUAUUUAUUAAUAAAUAAUAAUUAUGUAAUUUACAACUGAUUGUAACUUCUAGGUGCCCAGUUGCAUGUAUGGAAGGCAAUGAAAUUUACAGUGUAGUUUACCUUUUUCCUUUAUUUUUUAUCAUAGUGUUCUAACAUGGAGCGGCAGGAUGCUGUUAUAGAACACAAUGAGGCAUAGGGUUGUUUUGUGGUUCAAGAUCAAACUCAGCACAUGGUACUUAUGUAAAUGAUUGUCGUGUACAGAAUGCAGCUGUGAGUCUUGGCUCCAGUGAUGUAAUAAGGUUUGGAUUUGGUAUCCUUUUAAAAAUGACAACAACAGUAAAAGAAAGUGUGUGGUGAGUGUAGUCCUAAUUAAUGCCCCAAUAUGACUGUUGUUGACAAUGACUGACGUUUGGACAACCUUACAUAGGCAUGGGUUGCACUUGGGAAAAGUUUUCAUCUUUGCCGGCUAAAAAACUACAAAAAUUCGAAACCGCAACCGGAAAAGAAAACUUUUAGUCCAACCGAGGAGGGUCGCAUUAGUGGGAGUUAACAGUUUUUGCUUUGACACAUUGAGAACUUAAGGUGGCUCCGUAAUUAAUACAAGAGCAUUUAGCUGUGACAAAUUUUCCGUCAUAACUUUUUGGUUAUUAACGCGAUGGCUGCGAAACUUUGCAAAGAACAACAGAUAUCAUUCGGCAAUAACACGAAAUAUUCCGAUUUCAUUGAUGGUAAAUAUUUCUUGAGAAAUUAGCGCUUAAAAGGACCCUACUGUUCAAAGAAAAUCGCGUCUAGUAAAAAAUUUUGCUGAUAUUUUUUACUGAAAUUUCUGGUAUCGGCUUUAAUUGAUAUAAUAAAUAUGCCAGAGGAAUUUCAGAAAAAUCGUUGGAGCAGAAGUCCGAAACUAAAAGUCGCUCAAAAUUCAGCUGUGAAAUUGUUUUGGAAUUUCAAAAAUAAAUUGCUAUCGGGUAGAAGGAGCCACCAGUUUGAAUUUUCGUGACAAGUAAAUUCAACGUUUUCUAAUUCUUAAAACAAAAGCCGAUUGCCUAUCGUGCUAUUCUUUAAAAGGUACUGUUUAGUUGUAGAAGCACUAUAAAUUGCUCCAAACCUUGCUCUGAGGUAGAAUUACUUGUUCUUCGACAUUUUUUAAAAUAUCCCAUGGCAGUUUUGGUUCAAACUCCUGCUGCAUACAUUUGAUGUAUUGCAAUGCAUUUUCAACGACUUUUACUUCUGUUCGUUGCUUCCAACUCAGGAAAAAAGUAUUGAGAUUGGACGCUACCUCGCACCAGAGCUCAGAUAGAACUGUCCAGCACCUUUGUUUAUGACUACAAAAUGAGCACCCAGCGGCAGUUCUGCGUGGAAUUCGCACCUCACACAGGGGGGACGAGCGACAUCGAUGACCAUGCCUGUGAACCGAAUAACAUCACAGUCCAAAAUAAAAUUAUCGCAAAAAUACUGCCCGUGAAUAAAUUUACAACUCUGGAAUUUUUGUCACUCCUUCCCUCAAUGAAUGGGUAUUUUUUCUUGAUUAUUAUGUUUUGCUCUGCAAUACAUGUUUAUACAGAUCGGUUCACAGACAUGGGCAUCAUUGUCAUUCGUCCCCCCCCUGGCUGAGGUGCGAAUUCCGCACAAGUGCCGCCUUCGUGCUCAUUUUUCUGGUCAUAAACAAAGGUGCUGGACAGUUCUAUCUGAGCUUUGAUACAAGGCAGCUUACAAUCCCAAUACCUUUUUCCUGAAUUGGAAACAACGUACAGCAGGAAAAGCCGUUGAGGAUGCAUUGCAAUACAUCAAAAUGUGUGCAGCAGGAGUUUGAACCAAAACUGCCAAGGGAUAUUUUAAAAUGUCGAGGAACAAGGACAACAAGUCAUUCAAGUCAGAGCAAAGUUUUGAAGCAAUUUAUAGUGCUUCUAAAACUGAACAGUACCUUUUUAAAGAAUAGCACGAUAGGCAAUCGGCUUCUGUUUUCAGAAUUAGCAAACACUGAAUUUACUUGUCCCGAAAAUUCAAACUGGUGGCUCCUUCUCGCUGAUGGUAAUUUAUUUUGAAAUUCCAAAACAAUUUCACAGCUGAAUUUUGAGCGACUUUUUAGUUUCGGACUUCUGCUCCAACGAUUUUUCUGAAAUUCCUCUGGCAUAUUUAUUAUAUCAAUUAAAGCCGAUACCAGAAAUUUCAGUAAAAAUAUCAGCAAAAUUUUUACUAGACGCGAUUUUCUUUUGAACAGUAGGGUCCUUUUAAGCGCUAAUUUCUCGAGAAAUAUUUACCAUCAGUGAACUCGGAAUAUUUCGAAUCAUUGCCUAAUGAUAUCUGUUGUUCUUUGCAAAGUUUCGCAGCCAUCGCGUUAAAAACCAAAAAGUUAUGACGGAAAAUUUGUCACAGCUAAAUGCUCUUGUAUUAAUUACGGAGCCACCUUAAGAACGCCAGAUACCAGAAAACAUUUUUCUCUUCUUCGUCCGAACCUUUGUCGAAGGAUCUUUUUCCUCCAUUCCCAGUUUCAGGAGGAUGGGACAGAUAAAGAAGACCAGAAAGUGCUUGGAUGCAAAUAGUGCAUUUGGCUUGGAGAAUAACAAACUUGUGAAGUGUUUGCUUGUGUAGACGGGAACUGGUUCGCCUUCAAUAGAGCUAGUUCCCGUAAAAACUUUAAAAUAGCGAAGGUUUAUAAGCGAGUGAAGUCCUUGCCUGUAGAGAGUUUUCGAAAAAAACUUGAAAUGGCGAAGGAUAGCCGAGUAGAAGCCUCUUCACGAAGGUCUGAAAAUUCGACCACGUUUAUUUUAAAUUGAUCGUGUUUCAAAUGCAUCACGUUCAUGACAAGGCGCUGACAGUUACCGCUGUGAUUCCUAUUGUUUAGCUCGAGUUUUCCAAAAUCUGCCUGCCCCACCCAAGCACUACGGCGUCUUUGAUGUUUUUGCCGAUUUUCAAAGUUUUUUCUAACUUGAAAACUCGGGGUUGCACUUAGCAAUGUCCACCGAUGACAGAUUUCUACCGCAAGGUAAUCAAAUUCUCCCAAAAAUUUGCCAAGUGUGACCCAUGCCAUAGAGUCAAAGUGAGUUGUAUCUUUUCAGUUGAUGAUAUUUGAGAUUUUGCUCGAUAUAGUUAAAUGAAUUAACAAUGCAUACCUAAUGUAUUUGAUUACAGAACUACCUUAACAUGCGUACAACUAAACAGGAAAUGCAGGUUUUGAAUUUCUUGUUGAUUCAUCCUCAACACUUCAUUACCCAUCCUGGGUCUGUCUAAGCCAUGAGAAUCAUACAGACUCCGUGUUCUGUCUUCACCAAUGGCAACGUCACAGUUGGGUGGAGUCACCUCCCUUCCUUAUAUCACACUGUCACACCAGUGAGUACUGAUGGUGUACCACUGUAUACAAGCACUGAACCAGUCAGUUUGCCUGGGACUGGUGGCUCAGUGUCAGGAAUAAGAGGCCCAUCUGAUCCAAAGGUUAGUAAGUUUUUCUGAAUGGCAGUGUGCAAAGAAAGUCAUGUCUGAUAACUUGGGGCUAGUGGAUUUUGCAAUUGGGGCUAGUGAAUUCUGUUCUUAAUUUGCCUGACAGGCAAGUGAAGAUUUUUGGUGAAAUUGAAAUUAAAAGAUACUGAGGUAGAUUAUUCAGUCAGAGGCUUGAAAGAAGCAACCCAGUGCUCCCAUUGGGAGUCAAACCUAUGACCUUGUGGUUACUUGUUCAGAUGCUCUACUACUAAGCUACAUGAGACUCUUGUGAGCUAAGGCUACUAAACUAGGUUCAUGUGACAAACAUAUUCCAUACUGCGUGGACCAGAAUAAUAUUGAUAUGUGAUAGAAAUGUGAUGGCAAAUUUGAGGUCUGGUAUAUAUGAUACAGGUCAAAAUUAAAUUCAGGUAAAAAGUUGAUUCUCAGUUCUCCUUGUCUCCUAACCCUAAUAAUAUUAAUCCAUUAGAGCUGGGAGACAAAGAAAAUUGAGAACCAACCUAGGUUAAAAUUUUAUCCUGAAUUUAAGUUUGACCUAGCUCUAACAAAUACACAGUCAAGGGGUGUUUAUUUACUGAUUUAUUUAUUGAUAUGUGAUAGAAAUGUGAUGGCAAAUUUGAGGUCUGGUAUAUAUGGUACAGGUCAAAAUUAAAUUCAGGUAAAAAGUUGAUUCUCAGUUCUCCUUGUCUCCUAACCCUAAUAAUAUUAAUCCAUUAGAGCUGGGAGACAAAGAAAAUUGAGAACCAACCUAGGUUAAAAUUUUAUCCUGAAUUUAAGUUUGACCUAGCUCUAACAAAUACACAGUCAAGGGGUGUUUAUUUACCAUCUGACACAGGCAGCUCUGAAAAAAAAUCUGAGUUCUCCCAAUAGGAGUAGAAACUAUGAUCUUCUGGCUACUAAACCAUGCUCUAUAAGAUCACUAAACUAGGUUCUUCCACAAAUCUUCUUAACUCUGUGGCAGGAUUUGCUUAUUGUAGUGUGUUUGUUUUUCAGGCUAAUGUUAUGCCACACCCUCCUCUGAGAUCUCGCCCAACAAGUGCUGAUGCUACCAGGACUCGACCCAGUUCUGCUGGCAGAGAAAGGAUAACUGGUCCUCCUGUUGCUAGAGGUAACUAUCAUCAUCAUUAUCAUCAUUAUUAUCAUCCAGCCUUUUCAGUUGGGAUGCUGUGAAUAAUGAUCUUAUUCCAUGCAUUCCAGUCUGACAUCGUGCUCGCAAGGUCCUCCCUGUUAAUUCUGGAAUUUUUCAAGAUCAGAUCGGUGAAUGAACACGGCCACUUAAUUUUUUCUGUAGAAGAAGGGAUUGAAUGAUCGCCCCCUAAAACUAUACAAUAUUACAUGAUGGUGCAAAAUACAGGGGAAAGCAGUAAAUAAAAAAAUGUUUAAGUGAAGUUGGGCAGCCAAAGAAGAAUAUUACAUUUCCGUUAGCAAGAAGGUUUAAGGUGAUAAGUCCAAAAGUAAGAAAUGAGAGGAAAUGGGGUUUUCAGGAGAGUGUUCACCAAAAACGGUACACUGCCCUGUAUACUAUUUAGGAGUAGACUAGUCAAGUUGGACAUUUUUGAUUAAAAGUGAAUUUCUGAAUAUGACUGGACUAGUCUGGCUAGUCUGCAGUUCUGAUUGAGUUAAAUUUACAAAGAUUUGUUUAUUUUGUUGCUUAUAAUUAUGCUUUAUUUGCAGUGGAUUUUCAUGGUUUUAUUUAAGACCAUUUUUAAAAUGAAAUCCUUGCAGCAAUAUUUUGGUGGCUUUUACGACAUGUUACCUCAUUCUCAUAUGAAUGUGAGAAUUUUGACAAAAAAACAUAGCAUGGAAUAAUGACAAUUACAUGUAUGCAGUAGUAGUAGUAGUCACCAGAGAUUGAAAUCAAACUUCUUAUGUUUCUUUAAAAUUGUAUGCUAACAUUAAGGGCACUGUAAAAUCUCUGUGAUACUUUCCUUUAAAGCAUUCAUAGGCAGGAGAGGACGGGGGUUAGGGAGCCCAGAGGGAUAGGCAGCAGGAGGGAUAUGGGUGGUGGGGGGGGUCGGGAGCCCAGACGGAUAGGCAGCAGAAGAGAUAUGAGUGGGGGGGGUAGGGAGCCCAGAAGGAUAGGCUGCAGGAGGGAUGUGAGUGAAGGAGGGGGGUAGGGGAGCCCAGAAGGAUAGGCAGCUGGAGGGAUAUGAGUCGGGGGGGGUAGGGAGCCCAAAAGGAUAGGCUGCAGGAGGGAUAUGAGUGGUUGGAGUUCUAAAAGUGCUGGAAGCCAGAGCUUGCGUGUAAUAUUUUGCAAUUGAAAAAGAUCUAAAGGGAGGAAGCCCAGGGAUGGUACUCCCUUUUAGAAGCCGUAUAGGUAUGUACUGCCUCGAAGGGGAGGGUUAUUGGGCCGUUUCAGUCUGAAAAAGGGUAUAGACUUUGCACAUUUUGGUCUGGCAUCAGGAAUAAUGGUUUUCAAGAGAACUACAGGGGUAUAUGAACAUGUUUGUCAUUUCAAUUCCGAAUGAACAAGAAAACAAGAUAAUAUGCGAAUUUGAAGUUGAUUUUAAACAAAUCUAAGUAAUUUUAGGUCUGAAAACGGGUCUGGCUUUUGGAGGCCAGGUGUGAAAAUGGGUGUGGAUAAUGAAAUUUUUGGUCAGAAAUAGGGUUAGGAUACCCACCAAGAUUUCCCAAAAAUACCCCACCGGGGGAGGAAGGCAAGGUAUGGGAGGUAGGAAGUUUAGACCCCCUCCUGUCCCCCCUGAUAAUAAUGCUGAGAUUUUCAUGUGAAUUGUCUCCUGAAUUUACAGGUGGAUGGAUUAAUGGUCCAGUGCAGAUAACAGGGGAGCAAAGCAUUGAAGAUCUGAUAAGCUUCUUUGAGCUGCAGUGAAAUUUGUUGUCUCAAAACCUUCUAGGGGGGUUGAUGGUAUGUAAGCUGGGGAGCCAAGCCGGGGGGGUACUCCCUAUGAUGACCUAUGUGGGGAGGCUCAGCCCAAAAGGGGUAUGUUUUUCAGGCUUCAGGUAUAUAAAAGGGUAGGGAUUUUACUUGUUGAAGUGUAUAAAAGGUAGGGAUUUCCCUGCAUUUGGGUCUGUGAAUGGGUCCAAAAGAUCUAACAGAUGAAUUUUAUGGUUUUAUGAAGUCGAGAAAACGUUCUAUUUUUGUGAUUGAUACCUAUUCAAAAGACAGUGCAGUUGAAAGGGAUGCAAGCGUCUAAACAAGGUACAUGCGAAAGCGGUACCAUUUAUCAAUAGAGGGUGUACGAAAGGGGUACCUUUUUCGUGAAAAAUAGUACAUAAAAAGGUAAGGGGUUGGACCUUGGAGUAGAGCCUCCCUGUAUAACCAUUUGUCCAGUACCUUUCCGCCCCAGAAGCCAAGUCCUUGUGUAGGGCUAUGAGGUAUUUGGAAUGGUUUUUGGGGAGGGCGUGGAUGCCAUAGAAAUAUUAUGCUACCUGGUAGGCUCAUUUAUCGUUUAAGAUUGUCUCACAAAAGUCUUUGUCAUUGAUUGCUUUGUUUAAAAUUUAAAAUUCGUUUAAAAUUGUCUCACAGAAGUCUUUUCCAUCGACUGCAUACUGCUGGUCACUCAGGUGAUGGUGUCGAGUUAGGACCAUGAAUAAUGUUAGUAAUGUAUAUCGUAAUUGCUUCAGCUUGGUGCAUUAUGGAAGCCGCAAUGCAUGCUGAAUAUUUUUCAAGACAAAGGUUCAGCAAGGAUCUUUUCUGACCUUGAAAUUUAUCACUUUUUGAAUCGUAUAGGGUUCUCAAUUUUAAUGUAAAAACAAUUGAAUACAUUUUGUCUGCUUACUUUUCCGACCAAAUACCCUUGGAACUUGUUGUGUCACAACUUAGCAAAUCUUAUCCUUAUCUUGACUAACUUGUGUCACAGUUUGUUUUGUUUUUGUUUUUAUUUUUAUUUUCUCCAGGAGGAGCGUCUGUUACGCAUGGGUGAUGAACUCAGCCGACUAGCUUCAUACGAAGCAGAGUGUCAUCGUAAAGAUGGCGUCAUUGCAGCUCUGAGAGAUGAGGUUGUUGAUCUGAAAGGAGCUCUGCAGUCAAGUGGCAGUUUCAGGUACAUUUGCUCUUGUUAG